GCAGCGCGCGGGCUCCACGAGAGCGCCCCCAACCCCCCUUCUCACGACUCGGCUGCCUGCUCCGCAAUGGGAGCCUCCGCCGUCGCCGCCGUGUAGUUUUUCGUGCUCCUCCUUUUCCUCCUCCUCUUUCUCCUCCUCCUCAGGGCCCCAGUCAGGCCGAUCCGCUCCGCUCACGGAAGGAAAACUGAGGUAUAACUUGCUGCUUUGUCUGGAGUCACAUGAUAAUUCAAAAAUGGCAGAACUCUUUAUGGAAUGUGAAGAAGAAGAACUGGAACCAUGGCAGAAGAAAGUAAAAGAGGUUGAAGAUGAUGAUGAUGAUGAGCCAAUCUUUGUUGGGGAAAUAACAAGUUCAAAACCAGCAAUUUCAAAUAUUUUGAACAGAGUAAAUCCCAGCUCAUAUUCAAGGGGAAUAAAGAAUGGUGCACUCAGUCGAGGUAUUACUGCUGCAUUCAAGUCUACAAGUCAGCACUACACGAACCCAACAUCCAAUCCAGUGACUGCCUCGCCAGUAAAUUUUCAUCCUGAAUCUAGAUCUUCAGAUAGUUCUGUUAUUGUUCAGCCUUUGUCUAAACCUGGUUAUAUAACGAACUCAUCACGAGUUGUACCUAAUAAUUCUUCAGAGUUACUCUUUGAUUUGACUCAAGAUACAGGAUUAUCUCAUUACCAAGGGGAACCAACACUUUCAAUAACAGGUAUGAAUGAAAGUUCACUGUCAAAACGUCCUUCUACAUCUGAAGUAAACAGUGUUAAUCCAAAAAAACCCAAACCCAGUGAAGGUGUUUCUGGAGCAAAUUCAUCAGCUGUAUUUCCUACAGUUAAAUCUCCUUCAGUGACAUCUCCUCAGGCUAUUCCUUCAAAAGGUACAAAUGCCUUAUCAACUCAAUCUAAAAAUGGAACACCUUUUCCGAGAGCUUGCCCAAAGUGCAAUAUUCAUUUCAAUCUUUUGGAUCCUUUGAAAAAUCACAUGACGUACUGUUGUCCAGACAUGAUAAAUAACUUUUUGGGACUGACUAAAACAGAAUUUUCAAAUACAUCAAAUAAAAAUAAGACUGUUGAUUCAGAGAAAGGAAAAUUGAUCAUGCUAGUUAAUGACUUUUAUUAUGGAAAACAUGAAGGAGAUGUCCAGGAAGAACAGAAGACUCAUACAACCUUUAAAUGCUUCAGUUGCUUGAAAAUUCUUAAAAAUAAUAUUAGGUUUAUGAACCACAUGAAACACCAUUUGGAACUUGAGAAGCAGAGCAGUGAGAGCUGGGAAAACCACACCACCUGCCAGCACUGCUACCGUCAGUUUCCCACACCAUUUCAACUGCAGUGUCACAUUGAAAGUACACACACCCCCCAUGAAUUUUCUACCAUUUGCAAAAUCUGUGAAUUAUCAUUUGAAACAGAGCAUAUUCUUUUACAACAUAUGAAGGACAAUCAUAAGCCUGGUGAAAUGCCAUAUAUUUGCCAGGUUUGCAAUUAUAGAUCUUCAUCAUUUUGUGAUGUAGAAACUCAUUUUAGAACAUCCCAUGAAAACACUAAGAACUUGCUAUGUCCAUUUUGCCUCAAAGUUAUUAAAAUUGCUACACCUUAUAUGCAUCAUUAUAUGAAGCAUCAGAAAAAAGGAAUACAUCGUUGUACAAAAUGCAGACUGCAAUUUUUGACAUGCAAAGAGAAAAUGGAUCAUAAGACUCAGCAUCAUCGAACAUUUAUAAAACCAAAACAGUUAGAAGGAUUGCCUCCUGGAACAAAAGUUACUAUUCGAGCUUCAGUUGGACCUGUUCAGUCAGGAUCUUCUACUACACCUUCCAUUAGUGCAAGCACUUCUACCCUUCAGCUCUCACCUCCAAGGACUAAAAAUAUAACUGCUAAAAAUCCUACAAAAUCUAAUACAAACAAACAUAAUACAACUAAAUCCAGUGCAAGUAAACCCAAUGCAAGUAAGCCUAUUGGAAAUAAAUCUAAAUACAAAUCAAAAAUCUCUAAUAUGCAAAAGAAACAAAGCACAUUGACUAGUAGCAAUAAAAAAAGUAAAGUCAAUACAGCAUUGAGGAAUUUAAGGUAUCAUCCGGGAAUUCAUAAGUGCAUUGAGUGUUGUUCUGAAGUACAAGAUUUUGCAAACCACUUUCCUACAUAUGUCCACUGUAGUCUUUGCAGAUACAACACUAGCUGUAGCAAAGCCUAUGUAAAUCAUAUGAUGAGCUUUCAUAGUAACCGUCCAAGUAAAAGGUUUUGUAUUUUUAAGAAGCAUUCAGAAGAUCUCAGGGGCAUUACUCUAGUGUGCCUUAAUUGUGAUUUCCUAACUGAUGUUUUUGGCUUAGAUAAUAUGGCUACACACUUAAGUCGACAUGAAACUCAUACUUGCCAAGUUGUACUAGAGAAAGUUUCUAUUUGUAUCCCAACUUCUGAACAUCUUUCUGAAUUAAAAAAUGAAGCUCCCAACAAGGAACAAGAACCUGUGUCUGAGGAAAUUGCAAGACCUAAUGUGACUGAAGGAGAAACAGAAACAUCAAAUUCUGACAGUAAACAAGAUAAAGCUUCAGAGGAAGAAAAAAAUGAUUGUGAUUCAAGUUCAUUUGAAGGCAUAUCAACAAUAAGUGAAGAAAUCCUAACAAUUUCGAGUAAGGAAAACGAUUCUUAUCUUGAAGAUCAGGAAGCUGACUCAAAGAAUAUCUUCAGCAAUGAUUCAAAUAUUGGUGCAGAUAAAGUGGAAAAGGAAAAGCCAAUAGAACACAUUUGUCGGGGAAUGGAAUUGAAGAAGUGCCAAAGUUCAGAAAACACAAGUUCUUGUGAUCACAUUAAAGAUCACAAUUACAGUGAAGCUAGCUUUUCUUCAAAGAAUACUAAGGAUUUGAGGUUAACAUCUAGUGAUGUUAGCAUUGAUCAGUUUUUGAGAAAAAGAGAUGAACCUGAAUCUGGUAGUUCUGACAUUAGUGAGCAGGGCAGUAUUCAUUUGGAACCUUUGACUCCAUCAGAAGUACUUGAGUAUGAAGCCACAGAGAUUCUUCAGAAAGGUAGCAGUGAUCCUUCAGCAAAGACUGAUGAAGCAGUGUCUGAUCAAACAGAUAACGUUCCUGGAGAAAAUAACCCUAGCACAACAGAGACAACAGUAGACCUGGCAGAUGAGAAAGAAAUAAGUUGAAAUUAAUUAGUCAUUCUAAAUUUUAGCACACUAAUGGUAAGAGUAUUUGGAACAAUGCUAUUAAGUGAGCUCAGCGGUGCUGUUGUAGAGUUCAGAGAUAGAAAAAUGUGAGGGAAGUUGUUUAUACUUUACCUAUAUGUUAAACUUACAUUAUAAAAAAAAAUCAGUUCACCACUAGUAGCAUGAUUACCCUGGUUUUCCAAGAAGUUUUUAAAACAUGAAUAAGAUUUUAAUCAAAGUUAAGUUUGCAAUGAAAAGUCCCAUUUAAUGGUUUUCAAGGAAACAACUUCGUUGUCACUAUGAGUUGAUUAUUAGAAUAUUAGUUAUAUUAAUAAAUCUUUAAAACUUCCCAAAAGUUCAAAGCUAAAAUUCCUGUUUACCUUUCAGUUAACUUUAAGGAAGAGAUUUUGAAACUAUGUACCUUUUGAGAAUUUUUGAUUUUAAAUAAUGGCUGAUUGGCAUUGUUAAUGAAAUCUUUCUUUUUGAGUAUGAUGCUGGUAAAUGGAGCAUGCUGAGGGUAUAAAAUUAAUUGAUCUAAUGAGAAUUUGGAUGAACAUUAACUUAAUUUUGGAUUUAAUGUAACAUUCCAGACUGUCAGAAGCAUGUAAACAGAAUAUUUUAAUCUGUGUACCUCCAUACAAGAGUUAGCCUGCCAGGCUGUAAGCUUACCUUAAUUAAACUUUCAGUGAAAGUGAAAUUAUUAAAAUAUAAAUUUAUAUUUGUGCUUUUCGUCAGUGUGUAAGUUGUACAGAAAUUCCUUGAUAUACAAGCUGUGUAAAGUAGAAACCCAUUGUUGAAAGUCCUGUAGCCUUUAUGCUUUCAAUAUUGCUUUAAUGAUCAUCUUUAGAAAUAGACCCAAAAAAUGGUCUAGAAACCAAACCAAAGUGUAGUAUAAUAUAGAUACUGUAAAGCUGUAAACUGAAAACAUGUCCUGGCAUGAAUUCAGCCAUAUUUAAGUGACUUUUUCUUUUAACUGUAAAAUAGAAACUUCAACUGGGGCCUAAAGCAGUAGUGUAAAAAAUCUGUUUGGCAUAGUUAGCCUAAUUUAUCUGUAAGAUGGCUGCUAAAUUGACUUUUCAGUUGUUGGUUUGUUUUUUUAAUCACCUAUGGAAUAACAGAUAUAGAAAAGAAUAAUAUGAAUAGCAAUAGUUUGCUUUGAAGUACUAAUAAAUUUUAUUUAAAUGCUACAUUUUUACUUAAAAUGUGCUAUGAAUUACUAAAUUUUGUUUCACUGAAUGUUAAAUGUUUUAAGUGACUAUAAAACUCUGCUGUAUAUAGUAGUUUUUGAGUAAAUAUUUGCAAUAAAAAAUCUGUCCAUGAAUAA